AUGGCUAGCCUCGACCUCCGCUUGCCCGAACCCUUCGCUAGUAUCCCGAGGGAAUCCUUCCUAUUUGGACCCUCACCUAUCCAGCAUCUGCCGCGGAUAUCCGCCGCGCUGGGUGGUAAAGUGAACGUUUAUGCCAAGCGCGAUGACUGUAAUUCUGGACUUGCAUACGGCGGGAAUAAGACACGGAAGCUUGAGUAUCUCGCCGCAGAGGCCCUAGCCCAAGGUGCCGACACUCUCGUCUCUAUCGGUGGCGUUCAGUCGAACCAUACCCGACAAGUCGCCGCCGUAGCCACUGCACUAGGUCUCCAAUGUGCUCUGGUGCAAGAGCACUGGGUAGAUCUUCCUCCUGGAUCCCCAGAUGAAAUCCUCUACAGCUCCGUCGGCAACAUCCAACUCUCGCGGCUCAUGGGAGCAGAUGCGCGUCUCGAGCCCGCAACCACUUUCGGCAUCGAGCAUAAGCCCACGCUCGCACAGCUGCAGGCUGAACUUACGUCCGCUGGUCGCAAGCCCUAUUAUAUUCCGGCAGGAGCGUCAGACCACCCGUUAGGUGGCCUUGGUUUCGCGCGCUGGGCCUUUGAAGUCGAGGCGCAGGAACGCGCGACGGGCGUAUUUUUCGACACGGUAAUCGUGUGUGCGGUUACAGGCUCUACGUUCGCAGGUAUAGUAGCUGGGUUCAAACUUGCGCAGAAGAAACUCGGUUCCAAGAAACGGCGUGUAAUUGGAAUUGAUGCGUCUGCCAAGGUGAAGCAGACUUUCGACCAAGUAUUGCGGAUAGCUAAAGCGACAGCUGUGAAGAUCGGAUUAGAGGAGAGCGAUAUUACGGAAGAAGAUAUUGAAUUGGAUGAUAGGUAUCAUGCUGGCGUGUACGGAAUCGCGGACGAGCAGACGUUGGAUGCGAUCCGGUUUGGUGCCAAGACCGAGGCUUUCAUUACGGAUCCCGUAUAUGAAGGGAAAAGUCUGGCAGGCAUGAUGGAUUUAAUUCGGAAGGGAGAAAUAGGAGAAGGGAGUAACGUGUUAUAUGCACAUCUCGGAGGGCAGUUGGCGUUAAACGCUUAUCCCUCUAUUGGUCUUUAG